UCCUACUAUUCUUGUUUAUUAAACUUUCCGCUACUCCAAAAAUUUCUCAACCACCGUCAACUAACGCCGUUAUUUUAAGUUCCCCUCUCUAUAACUCUGCAACAGAAGCAGGCAGCACAAUACACACUGAGUUCAAAAAGAAAGCUCUCCAUAACGCCAGCACAGAAUCAAAGCUAAGAAGAAUCUCUCACAGAACUUGGAUAUAUCCUCACAGUGUUAUGGAGUUUGAAGUUAACGACGUUCAUAUCGACAAGGAGCACGAUGGUUUCAUUGUCUACUCAAAUGGCAUCACCCAUGAACCAAAUCACAAAAACGCUGUCCCACAAGUUGCGGGCCAAGAUCCUGAGCCUAUGAGUUUCUAUCCACAGUCUGUAGAUAUAUCGGACGAGAACUCCGAAUUUCAAGACUGUGAAGUGAAGGAAAUCAACAAUGACAAAGCAGCUGAGGUUUCACAACCUUGUCAAAGUGAAGCAAAUGAGCAGGAUUUAAGUUGCCCAAAAAAUGUUAAGGUUAGUGAGGAAAGUUUGAUGUCUGAAGGACAUAAGGCGGUUGAUGAUAGUAAGAAGACACGUUCGUGUGCCAAGAAAGCCAGCAAACCAAUUGUUGGGAAUUGUAAGACGAAAUGCACAGUCCCACAGCCAUUUGCUCUGGCUACGGAAAAGCGGGCUUUGAGUGCAGGCCGGGCUUAUGGGUCUGAACCUGACAAUACAACUGCUGGAGACAAGGCAGCCCAUGUUCGUUUUUCCCUACACCCAAGUUUCGCAAAGCAGAAUCGAACAGUCUCACCUGUUGCAGCAAAGAAACCAUUGCAAAUUGAAAGCAAGAAGCACUCUGAUGAAGAUAAUUGUUCAGUGGCCUCAUCGAAUGUGACAUCAUCGAGGAAAUUCAAGCCAACUCUAGCUUCUGCACCAGUGUUUAAGAGCAGCGAACGUGCUGAAAAAAGGAAGGAGUUUUUAUUAAAGUUAGAGGAGAAACAACAAGCACUGGAGGCCGAGAAAACGCAGUAUGAAGCAAGGACCAAGGAAGAAGCAGAAGCUGCUAUCAAGCAGCUAAGGAAGAGUUUAAUGUUCAAGGCAAGCCCAAUGCCAAGCUUCUAUCAUGAUGGUCCACCAGCAAAGAUUGAACUUAAAAAGGCACCCCCGACUCGUGCAAAAUCGCCAAAGUUGGGCCGAAGAAAGAGCUUUAGUGAUGCAAAAAACUUCGGCAGGGGACACCUGGAAGCUCCGCAUAGUUAUCCAAUGGCUUCGUAUAAUAGCAGAAAGGAGACCAAUAUAAAUAAUGGUACAGCUUCGUGCAAAACUAGGAAACAGGCUCAAGGGGCAGAUAUUGAUGAGGCUUUCAACUCUAAUAAGCUGAUUGGAGAGAGAUGCAUGGAUAUUGCUGUUCACUCUUGAUGAGUUGUUUGUAAGUUUCUGUUUUAACUUGUUUGUGAUCGAAAGAGCUUAAUUUAUAAUCUCUUGGUCAUCUUCAGUGUGUUGUUUGUUAGUUGCAAACUCCAGAAAAAUGGUUCUUCUCUUGUUAAUUUAAAUUACUGUGUGAAUUGUAAAUUUCUGUAAGUUAUUUCAACUUGUAAAGCUUUUCCAUGGUUGGCGAAUAAACUUAAUUCCUGAAAACCAAAGUUGUCACCCUACCAAUAUCAGGUCUCUUUUUUUAGUGCCUCCUUAGUUGGAUUCAGUUCAUUUUCACUUGCAUUCUACACAAAGGUCUAUUUUGUACAUG